CUGGAAACGGGGUCGAAACAGUGUAACUCACGGAAGCAAAGAAGAGCGCUGGCAACAAGAAAUGCAACCCCACAGUCUGCGUUGGAACCUGCCUCGCUUACUGAAGAAGGUAUGGAGCUCUUGAGGCGAUCUAUGUGGGUGAUGAAAGAGUUACAAUCGCUUCGUGACAAUGCGAGGUGGAGCGAUUUCGAUGAUCGCGCAAGUAAACUUUUGCUAUCAUAUACAGAUAUUGACACAAUUGUUGCCAUUAAAUUAGAGCAGAGCGUGGCGGCCUGUUACAAGAACGAUUUGGAACGCUCCUUACAGCUAAUAGACGAGUCCUUCGGUCUCAUGUCGGGAGCCACUAACGUCCGAGUUUUAGCUGGAAGGGGCUACGGCUACCGCGCUGGUGUCAAGAGACGUCAGCGGAGCCUUGGCGAAGCUCAACGGGACGUUCAGCUGGCUGAGCAAAACAUUCGCGCGUGUCACACGAGCCUUGAUGCGAGCUUCAUUGCUUACGAGAGAGCGAACGUGUUGUUAGAUUUCAUCGGCCGCCUGUCUCAGCGGAGCCCUAAACAAGUCGAGGAGGCUUUACGUAAUUUCGAAAAGUGUAUCGAUGUUUGUUUGAGCGUUGAAAUGCAAGAUGAGGAAUUGUAUGUGAAGAAACAUCACUUUGCUUUCAUAAAAUCUGCAAUGCUUUUGCUCGAUUGCCGCACAGAGGCCGCGCGUGAACGCGUUCUGAGCGAAGAGUUCAUCGCAAAAGGCGAGAGGUGUCUAAAGACGCUAGAAACCAAAUACUGGUCAAAGAUCGCAGAAGGAGUAAAAGUUCAGUUCUACCUGGCAAGCUCAGACUUAGAAUACCGAAAGAGAAACUUUCAAAACGCUGAAAAUUUUGCCAGUUUAGCGAAGGACAGAGCUGUAUGUCUGGGUUUCAACACGGAAAUUUCCCUCGCACAAGAACGACUGGAUCACAUGCGUGUCGUCACGCGUGGAACUCAUAAUGCCAGGCCUUCGUGCGAGGCCAGUGGUGCGAGUGCUAGUGAGGGAGAAUAUGCCGAUGUCAGCUCCGAUAUUAGCUUAUCAGGUUCUGAAUCGGAUUGGCAAAAGAAUUUGAAGCCUACUGAUUAG